UACCAGACAACGUAUUUGUGAGCUUCGGUUGCAGAUUUUUACAUUUAACAGUUCUAUUUUUUGUACUAACACAAUGCGCCGAGUUAUAUUUAAAACGUACCGACAUGGCAGAAGUGUUCACAAAUCUGAGGAUCUUGAUGCUGAGUUUCGUAUGUGUGGUCAAAGGCAAUACGUUUCUAUUCUGGCACAAGGAUUGGAUGAAAGUAAUCGAAUAUGUUACUUCAGCAGACAAAUAUGAAAGGGACACGAGAAAUGAAAUCAAAGAUGCAAUCCUCGAUAGAUAUACAAAGUACUGUCGGCGCAUCACUUUCUUUUAUUGGAUGCUUGUUUUUGCAACUCUCAUUGGGACUACCACGGCUCCAUAUGUAUUUCUCUCCUCUCCUACGUUCAGAGAAGGGCUGAAGAAUGGUACUGAGAUUUUCCCACACGUGUUCAGCUCCUGGAUGCCGUUCGAUAAAUACAAUUUCCCUGGUAAUUGGAUAACUGUAGCAUGGCAUACCUUCAUGUGUACUAUCGGAGCUGGAAUCCUUGUAUCUUAUGAUACAACUAUAAUCGUAAUUAUGGUGUUCUUCGCGGGAAAAUUGGAAAUUCUUAAGGAGCGCUGUAAAAAACUUGUAGGUGACGAAAACAGUAUUUUUAAAGCAAGCAUAGCUGAACUUCACAGCGUUCAUAUUUUAUUAUUGAAGUAUACAAAAUUGUUUGACUCCCUGCUGUCCCCGGUCAUGUUUAUUUACGUGGUUAUGUGCUCUUUGAUGAUUUGUAUGAGCGCCAUACAAAUGGCUAUGACAACCAGCGCGACCCACAUGCUGAUAAUGGCUGAGUACCUGGUGUUCGGCAUUGCUCAGUUAUUCAUGAUCUGCUGGCACAGCAACGAGGUGCGCGUUAAAUUCGACGAAGUCACAUCAGGGCCCUACGAGAGCGAGUGGUACAGCAGCAGCGUACAGCAGCGGAAGUACAUAAUCCUGCUAAUGGACCAGCUCAAGCUCAUGCACAUCUUCACCGCCGGACCGUUCACCAACCUCACUAUACCCACCUUCAUCACGAUACUCAAAGGAGCGUACAGCUACUAUACGCUGCUUCGAAAAUAAUAUGAAUCAUCAAUUUGGGCAGUAGAAGCAGA